AUGCACGCCAUCCAAGUACGUGAGCUGCUGUCCAAGACGAGAUCUGAUGACUUACAUGCUCGAUUCCAGUCGCAAGUCUUCGCGCUACGCGAAUACCUAAGUCCUGUUCUGAAGGAGAGCAAGUUCAAGGAGCAUGGUCGCAUAACACCAGAGGAAUUCGUUGCUGCUGGUGACUUCUUGACAUAUAAGUUCCCGGUCUGGUCAUGGUCCAAGGGUGACGCAUCGAAGGCACGCGACUACCUACCAGCCGAUAAGCAGUACCUCGUAACCCGCGGAGUCGCCUGCCUCCGGCGCGCCACCGCCUUGGCUUAUACCGACGCAGACGAGGACGCAGAACGGCUGCUCUCCUUCGGAGAGCUGUCUUCCACGGGCGAUGAGACGGAUGAAUGGGUGGAGACACAUGCCGGUCGAGCCGCGAGACAUGAUGCGGCCAACGCGACGGACAUUGAAGACAUCCCUGACGCUGACGAGCUCUCAGGCGCGGACGGUAUGACCAACGCCAUGGGAAACAUGUCCCUGUCUGCGGAGGAGGUGCCCAACAUCAAUGAGAUCCCGGAUAUGGAUGACAUCCCGGACAUGGAGGAGGAGGACUUGGAAGCAGGAGACGAUGAGGCGACAGCUGCGCCGAAAGCCGCUGCUCCGGUGGCAAGAUUGACCGAGGCAAGUGAAGUUGAGGUAGCGAAGGACAACUUGCUCCAAGUGAGAACAUACGAUGUCAUGAUCACAUAUGAUAAAUACUACCAGACACCACGGAUCUGGCUGAUUGGCUACGACGAGAACCGCACGCCCUUGACGCCUUCGCAGAUAUUCCAAGAUGUCUCCGCAGACCACGCGUUCAAGACCGUCACCAUCGAGGCCUUCCCGCAUUCGACGAGCCUGCAGGCGGCGUCCGUGCACCCGUGCAAGCAUGCGAGCGUGAUGAAGAAGGUCAUCGAGCGCAUGAACGCAGGCGUGAUAGAGGAGCAGCAGGCGCAGCGCAAGGGCUCUACGUCCGGAGCCGCGUCGCCGAAGGACAAGCAGAAGAGGUGGCUCUUCCGGCGUGCGAGCGGGAUCGGGAAGGAGGAGAAAACGAUGGGCACACCGGUUGCAGAGGACGACGUCGAGGGCAUGCGGGUCGACUUCUACCUUGUUGUGUUCCUCAAGUUCAUCGCAUCUAUCGUACCGACGAUCGAGGUCGACUCGACGACGGCGUUCUAA